AUGUCGACAGAAAAGCAGUCACAUCAAGCUCGAAAAGGCAUAUCUCACGCUUUCGUGACGGGAUGCGCUGUUACGGUGAAGCCGAGAAUCGGUCGGGGCAACGCGGGUCGCAGUCCAAUCACCAUCGUAUUAAACGAGAAUCAACGAUACGUAAUAUUCCCUUCCUAUCCGUUCGUUUCCGAUCGCGAAUGCUCACGAGUGGACGUGGAACUGCAGGUGAGGCACAUGUACAAGAAAUCGUUGUCGUCCGCCUUGCUAUACUCCAUCCACCACGCGGACGCGAUCCGGGCUCCGGCUUUCACCUUCUGCGUCAAACCAUCCGUGAUAUCUCGGCGGGGACCGGAUGGAUCGUCCAAGGAUGAUUCUACGAACUGGGAAAAAUUUCCGAACAUCUCGGUUUCGCUGGCCGACUUGGUCUUGCGCGCUCCCGGCGGGGGAGCGGAGUGGUCGCUUCGGAAUGCGUCGACGGAGAACGGGGAGACCAUCGUACCCCUUUCGAAAGGGCCAGGAUACUGGAGCGAGCGAACAUUUCUCGAUCCGGCUCUCCGGGAACGCUACAAGUGCUUCACGCUGUUCCUUAAAGAAGAAAUGCCAGCCGGGCCGAGCAAUUGUCAAACAAACCUCUUCAUCUUCGAUGUGAAAGGGAUCGUCGAUUUCCAGGAGAUGGAAGUGUACGUCCACGACGAGAGGGAGAAAUUCACGAAUUUCCCCUUCUUCGGGUCCGAGCGGCUGCUUUUAAAGGAUGCGAUGAACCGUCUCCUCAUCUACCCAGAGAUCCUCGAGAGACGAAGCAAUAAGAAUCGCUGCAUCCCGGACGAGGGCCACAGCCAAGCAAGGUCGAGCAUGCAUCUGCCAUGUCUGGACCCUUCCAUCGUGAGCACAAAAGUGAAGUCGAAGAAGGAAUGUCGAGAUCGGAAGCUCGAAGAGGAAUUCUUGGAAUACCGCAUCUUCAUGGCCCCGACCCCCGCCUGUAAACGAGAGUUUGAGAACACGAAAGACCGGAAUAUUUACCUAGCCAUCAACUUCCCAUCCAAACGAGUGCCUCACUUCAAGGAAAAGGAGAAGUUUAGCCUGCAGUACAUCCUGUCGACCAUCGGAGGAAUCUGGAUGGUCGGCUUUGGCUUUUGCUUCGUCACCCUCUUCGACACCAUGAAUCACGUUUUCUCACGCAUCCGCUGCACGAUAUGCCCAAGGAAAAAUGAGGCCAUCCGCGACGAUAAGCACUGA